CGCGGCAGGCGCCACUUCUCGGGAAGUUGACGGCUGGAAGCGGCGUUCGGAGCGCGGCGCGCCCGGCUUCCGUGGCGGUCCUGUCGCAGCGCCCCGGUGCCGUUGAGCUGGAAGUGGCGGGGCAGCGGGACCAGCGGGGCCCGGAGCAGCAUCAGCAGAAGCGGCAGCCGCUCGUCCCCUCACCGCCGCCGAUGGAGGCGAGCCUGACGUGCGCCGUGUGCCUGUCGCUGUUGGAGGAGCCGGUGACGCUGCCGCUGUGCUCGCACAACUUCUGCCGGAGCUGCGUGCUGGAGUGCAUGGCCUCGGCCGAGGCCGCCCGCCUGCAGCAGCUGCAGCGGAGCCCGGGGCAGGCCCGUGUCGGCCGCGGGGCGGCGGCGCCGGCGCCGGGCCCGGGCCCGUCGUGCGCCCGGGUGCCUUGUCCGCUGUGCAGGAAGCUGUGCUUGCUGCCCCGCGGCGGCGUCGCCGCCCUGCCCGUCAACACCACCCUGGCCGAGGUGGUCAAGCUCUACCGGUCCGGCGCGGCGGGCGGGGAGGCGGCGCUGGGGCCGAAGCCGGGGUCCGAGCUGCUCUCCCUGCAGGCGUUCGGGGGAAGCUGCCAGAAACACCCCAGCCGGCCGGUGCAACUGUACUGCCGCAUGUGCCGGCAGGCGGGAUGCGGGCAGUGCGUCUCCGAGGAGCAUCGGGGCAUCUUCCACUCUGUCAACCUCAUAGACACGGUGUACCAGGAGGAAAAAUUAAUCUUCUUUAGCACUCUGAAACAAAUGAGGAUAAUAAAUGAGCAGCUGGUGAAUGAGAUCUCAAAACGACCGAAUGAUGCAGAUAUGAUGCUGAAAAAUGAUGUGGAGACAAUUGAGCUGAAAUUUGGAGAAAUUUUCAAAACUCUAGAAAUGAAAAAACAGCAACUACUAGAAGAUGUCGAAAAUCAAAGAAGUAAAAAAGAGAAAGAAUUUCAGAUUUGGAAGAAAAUGAAAGAAACUCACAAGAAGACCAUUGAGAAUUUUUUGAAGGAUUGUGAAGAGCUUGUCCAUGAGUGUGAUCCUCAGUGUUUCCUCGAGGUUGCCUGUGGCUUGAAUACAAGGAUGAAAACUCAGCUUGAUGUGAUGAAUAUAGCAUCCAACUUGGAAAAACCACCAGUGUAUAUGCCAAAGAAGAUAGAUAUCAAGUCUGUGGUUAAUGAAAUCUUAGCAUUGGAGUUAACACCUGUAGAUGCAGGCACUGUUCAAGAGCUCCCUUAUGAAGGACAGGAGAGCUCAACUCUACUUAAAGAUAUCUUAAAGCAGAAUACUCAUGGCACAUUUCUUCCUGUAGCAGGACAGGAUGAAGCAGACGGCAGCAGGGUUCCUACUCGCUUUAUGUCAAUAUCAGAAAUGUCAGCGUUUCAAAAUAUGAGCCAUGAGGAGUUACGUUACAAAUACUAUAUGGAACUUCAGAAGUUCACCAAUGUAUUUAAGACUCAAAAUUUCCCUGCAAACAAAAAGUAUAAAUUUGUAACUGCUGAGGCCUCCAAGAAUAACUCCUCAGGAACUUCUUUUAUAUCUUCACCUACCAGAGCAAAUAACACAGAUAAAACAAAAAUGGGAACCCUGCGAAGAGGAAGUGGCUUAGACAAAAGAAACUUUUCUGGAAGCAGUGCUCAUAGCAUCCCAUCCACAAAUACGAUCUUUUCUGAAACAAAUGGUGAUGUAAAAUCAUUUGAUAAGGGAAGUGGCCAGGAAGUAUCCACUCCAGCCUUGUCAGAAACCUCUCCAAACUUGUUAAUUAAAGAAAAAUGGCCAAGACAGGCAUCAGUAGGUCCUGUUUCCAAUGAAAUGGACUCGAAUUCUAGCAUUUCAUUCAACUUAAAGCCAGUAGAAAGAGUGGCUGUUUCUGUUUCAAUUCCAGAAUCUGUAGAUGCUUCAGCAGAGAGACCUUCAGGUGUACCUUUUACUUUCAGUGCAUCUAACAAAUCAUUACCAAGAUUUAGUAAAGACAGAGGUACAUUUUCCUUUAAAAAGCAAGACAAGAGAUGUGCUUUCCCUCAGUUUUAUUUAGGGAAAUGUGAUAAGGUGGAUAAAACCAAUAACCAAGAUAAACAUGAUCCUGAAACCAAAAACACUGUUUGCAGUGCUUCAACAAGUCCUAAUUUAGACUCAGCAGAAAGUGAGAAACAGCACAUUUUGUUUCCCUUUGGCAAUUCAGAGAGAAAUUUGUUUGCAGGACCAGAAGUUAGCAAUUCAUGUAAGGUGUUACCAUCAUCCUCAUUUUUUAGCCAAUCUGAGAAGCCAUCUGACAAAAAAACAUUAUCUCACAUGAGGGAAAAAACACCUUGUGCAGAGGAGCUUGCAGGAUAUGGUAAAGAGAAACCAUGUGUCUUAGGGGAACAAAAACUUCACACCUCAGAAUCCAGCACAACUGGAGCUUGUGGUACUUCAGAAACCAGCACUGGAGCUGGGGUGAGUGGUGUCUCCAAGACCCCCCUUACCACCACUAAUUGUGCAUUUUCUUGCAAAAGUAAUUUCUCUUUGCCUUCACCAGUAUUUUCAUUUGGAGGCAUUGUCCGAAAUACCUCUGAUUUGCUGACUACUUCCAUGUUUUUUUCUGGAAGCAGAACAGAAAAAAUGGAUAAGGAGAAGAAAUCUCCUGACAAAACACUUCUAAAUGCAGGUAAACCUGUGUCUCCAGAGUGUACAGAGCCUGCUUCUCUUCAGAGUCAUCCAAAAUGCGAAGGCUCGUGUUUGCCUAUGGACUCAUCUAAAAACACUGAAAGUGCAGAAAGGCUUGGUGAUGGUAACACUGCUUGUCAACCUUUAUGUUCAGGAGUUCUUCCUAUUGAGUAUGAGAAUGCAUCUUCUACUCAACUCCCCACAGCGGCACAACAGCAAAAAAAGGUAAAAGAUGAAGAAACUGUUGCUGAAAACAGCUGUGUGUGCCUUAGAAGGGAGGAUGAACCUGAGCCUGUACAGAACACUCCUGGCACAUGCAAUGAUCCAUCUUCAGAAGGUUUUGUGCUUGCAGUAAGUGAGACAGGAGAAAUGCUGAGAGACAGCACUUCUGACACUUAAGAGCUAAGGCAAGCAUCUGUCUCUACUGAUACCAGCCAUGCAUCAGAAUAUUUUUCUGUUGCUAAAGACAGAAUGUCUGGUAGAAGAAAAUCAGAUGUGAAGAGAGACUGAAAAGGAAAAGAAGCUGGAAUUAAAUAAAUGCUACUUAAUACAUUAAAAGGUGGGGAUACUUGUGAUUCUGCAGUUGUUCUCUCCACUUCUUUUCAGUCACAGUAUCUCUGUUGGAAACUUAACUGCUUAUGAACAGUACAAUGCAAUAAAUUGAUUUUAAUAGUAUAGUCAUAAACUCAAGAAACAACCAAAAAGGUCGUGUCUGGCUCAAGACCAAAGUAUAACCAUAGAUGCUGCAUCUUCAGUAAUGCAAACCUUCUGGGGUAUAUUUGGGGAUGGGGAACUGAGGUGUUCCAGAAAGCAAGUUAGGGGAAGCUUCAGUGGCAGGAGGCAGUAAAUUGCAGCACUUGCACUUAAAUGGGUACAAGAACAGCCAAGAGCAUUCACCUCACAGGCAGGGAGGGAGGAGAGCCACAAAACAAAACAAAAAUAAAGGAUAUUGAAGGUGUUACUAAAAAUUGUUUUGUUUAUCUCCCAGUUGCUGUUUCCUUUUUUUGAUGUGUUUAAUGUAUGUUGAAGGUAUAAGUUGAAGUGUAAUUUCAAUAAUUUCUCUUGCGCUUUUGAAAUGGAAGCAUCGUAUCAGUGUUCUUUUAUACUAUGCAGAAGGGUGUCAGCUAUGCUUCUGAAGUGCUGCCUUCAGGAAAUAGAAACAUUGCAAUUAAAUUUCAUCUUUUUGGCAACAGUUUGGAAAUACAUGGAUAGAUGAACUUGCUGUUUUAUUGAAAGCUUUUGGAGAACCUAGCUUUCAAAACAAAAUUCAUUUAAAAUCUGUGUGUAGUGACAAAAAAAGGAAAAUAGCACGUCUCACUAAAUGUAUUAAUGAUUUAGGACUUGUGGAAAUUUUAGUCUGAAAAUCUGUACAAAGUUAGGAUAAAAAGACCAUCUUUUCUACUUUGCUGGCCAUUUUGUUGGAUCCAAGAAAUAACUGUGCUUUACUUAUUGCAAUACACAGACAGUAGUACUGUUUCAGAAUAAAGCUCUGGUUUUUUUUACUGUUCAUGCUUUAGCAAAAGCUGAUGCUAGGCUUUAAAGCAAUUAAUUUUGUAUUAGAUGUGUCAACUGGCAAGUAUUAAAUCAAAAUGCACAAUAUUUAAUAUUCCGUCAGAAGUUUUCAGUGACCACUGGAAAAAUCAAUAAUCUCCAAAUUACCUCUGUAAGUCUGUAAGAAAAAUAUUACUUAAAUCUCUGCAAUGCUUUCUAAUAUACUUACUAUGACAUAAUGCUUAGAGAAACUAUUCUUGUUUCAGGAAAUGUUAACCUAAUUUGAUUUGUGUUCAGUUCUUGAUCUCAAUUUUUCUGUGCCAGUUCCUUUAUUAAAUGUGCUGAAAAAAUAGUUUCUAGUAUUUAUAACAAUUAAUGAUACUACUUUUCUAUUUGCAUUAUAGUAAAGAAGGUAGUAAAAACCCUCUUUGUGGUUAGUCUUUUAGUUCUUUAUAUUCAUCUCUUAAAUCUUACUGUAUUUCAGUUUUCUCCUAAGAUUUUUUUUUUGCUGUUAUCUCUAGACAUUCUUGUCAUGUUCUGCAUGUGUAGGAGAGUAAUGUAAAUUCAAAUCACUGGAAUACAAAAGCUGAGCAAGAUUAUAAUGGUAGAAAGUGUCACAGGUGGAGGUUGAUCUCACUUUAAUAAAAGUGAGAGAAAUUGGAAAUUUUAGAGUCAGAUGAGGCACCUGUAAAAUUCAUUGCCAGAAAGUUGCAGAAAAUGUUUGUUUUCUACCACAGUGACAAAAAUAUUCUUAAUGAGCUAGGAUUAAUCAGAAACUAUAACAAGUUUCUGAAGCUUAUAUUUUCAACCUCUCUUCUGUUACUUUCUGUUAUUUCAUGGCAGUUUGAUAAAGUUAAAAUUCCAUGCAAAUACUUUUUCCCUUAGUGAAAAGGCACCAUCAUAGACUCAUAAAGCAAAUAAGAGUACUGUAUGCUACUUUGAAUGUAGAAGUUGUGGAUGUGGGGCUUUGCUGCAGUCCUAGGGCUGCUUUUUAAGCAUUGUUGUCCAAGUGCCUUAUAGGUCAGCAUUCAGGUUUUACAGGGCAGGUAAGAUUCACGCAGAAAUCCCCAACAACCAGAUACUUGCCCACUCCCUUAGCCAUGCUACACUGACCCAGAAGGGAGCCCUUCCCCUGUUCCCUGAAAAUGAUGGGGGGGUACAGAAUAACCUCUGGGUCUUGGGCAUGUCUCUUCCUGACUACCUUAAAAGUUAACCCUGUCCUGGCUGGAAGCAGAACAGUCAUGUGAUCUUGAAUGAACACCAGAGCAAAUUCAAAGAAAGGGGAUUCAGAGUUGUCCUUAAUGUGUAUUUUGCUUAUUAUCCAUAGAGAAUAACUUAAAACACUAUCUCGGUCAUCAUUGUAGAAUUCUGUGUGGUGGUGAGGACUGCUGUCAAAGCCUGACUGCCCUGGGUUGUCUAAACUUAGGUAUGUGUAUAUUUUUUCAGGUUACAGGUAAACAAAAAGGCAGUCUUAAAGUGAAGCAUUUGUCUGAAAAUAUUGCUGAGAACUUUGCCCUUCUCCCCCGCCCAAAAAAUAUCCCACAAAGACAAAAAAGCAAACAAAAACUAAAACAAAACAAAAAAAAACCUCAAACCACCAAGGAGAUAAUAUAUUUUACUAAACUCAGUAAUUUGUUUUACACACUCCUGUAUUUUCUAAUUCCUUAAGAUACAAGAAGUAAAAAAUGAAGCAAUUCUACAUAUUGGAAAAUUUUAUUACUUAAACUUUGUAUAAAUUCUCUGUGUAUUUCAGAUUUUGCAAACUAAAUUUGCAGGCCAGUUUGAAAGCUUUUAUAGUGGUUCCUGAGAAUGCUACUUCAUUAUUUAAUAGAAACCAUGGAAAACAGCUAAACCAAUUUAUUUUAUACUUGUACUUGUUGAUCAUACUUCACAAAGGAGCUAAAAGUUUUUAGUGCUGAAAGUUUCUACUGUGAGGCUAAUCUGUCCAGCGUCAGAACUGUGAUGUUUGUUCAGUAUAUAUCUGAGAGCUAUAUUAAAAUACAUGUUACUGCCUGGAGAAAACCUGCAACUGAAAAAUAAAGUGUAAUUAUUCAGUUUUGUAACUAUUAAAAAAAUUACAAUUUAGUUUUAAAAAUAUUUUAGUUGACAUUAGAGCUGCUUAAAUGACAGUUUGUAUAGGUUAAUUUCAUAAAGCAAACCAUUAUUUUGUAUUCUUGGUUUGUUUAUUUUUGUAUUACGGAUUACUAACUAAAGCUUUAUUCUGAAAUUGUAUUUGAUAACUCAGAUCUAGUAACUUUCUAACUUAAAAACUUCUGAUCUGUGUGGUAAGGGUGUUAAGUACUGAUGCUUUGGUUGGGUUUUGUUCUUCAGGUAACAUACUUCAUUUUCUCUUCAUAGUUUUCUUCCAGCUGUUUAAAUGCCAGUAGAACAUUAUUUGGAUCAUCACAGUUCACUCAGACUUGUUCUGGCUUAAUAAAAAGACAGCCUUGUUCCCUUUUAAGUUGCUUUUAAAAUGAAAUAUGUGUUGUAUUCUAAAAUGAACAAAUUUUUCACACCAAAUAGAUUUAAUAAGGAGUGAAGAGUCCUUGAAUGCAUAGUAAGCAUCUUCAUUUAACCCAAAGGAAGAAAAAAUCAAAUAGAUAUACACUGGAAUUGUUUUGUUCGUGGGGUAAGGAUUUGGCAGAGAGCAUUUGGCAUGACCUUAAAUACUGAUACAUUAGUUCCCUGGGAUAACUGCAGAACAGCUAUAAGCUUAAACUACUAAUGCUGCAGAGGCUCAUGUUUCAUAAUUAUAUUGUUGAGCAUAUAAGACUCAUGAGUAGUAUUGGAAAAGAUAAUUUAUUAAUAUUAUAUUGAGAAAAUGGUAUCAAUUGUUUGAAUAACCUGUUGCAAGCUAAACACUGUGGACAAACCUGCAGGCUAAAUUGAGCGGGGGAGAUUGUGUGAGCUUUCUAUCAAUGAUGAAGACCCUAUGUUUUGCAAAAAGUACCACUGAUUGCUGAAACAGAACUUAAUAAACCCUGGUCCUAGUAUUCAAGG